AUGAAAGUGACAACACCUUCUAAGGUUCUGAAAUCACCAUGGGAUUAUGACUUUUUUAUUUAUAACGGUGUUGUAGACAAGACAGCCCCAGACUUCUUGGCAUUCAAGGAACAUUUCAGUUUGUCUUGGGGAAGUAUUUUUUCUCUCUUGGAACACAUCGAGAAGUUUCUCAGGGACUAUGCGAUACCAGAAGUCAAAAUAAAAGGGAACAGCUUAGUAGCGCUCCUUCCAGAGUUUGAGCUGAAGAAUAAACUUACCAGAUAUGACCUUCUCUCAGUGUUAGAGAACCCAGUUCACAUCCAAAUGCUGUUAAAUCUUCCGGGGCAAAGGUACAAGGGCCAAGAUGGAAAGACAGAGGCUGCCAUGAAGAUCCAAGCCACAUGGAAAUGCUACAAAGCAAGAAGAUUCUUCCUUAUGUAUCGCCAGCAGAAGUGGGCGUCAGGUGUGAUCACCAUUGCAUGGCUCUUACAUUGCCAUAAGACCCGGCUGAGGAAGCUCCUGCAGGAAUCACGUGAAAGACACCUGGAGAAUUUCCGCAUUCGAGCCAAGCAUCUGGCAGCCAACUGGAAUCGCAUCAGGACCUCCAGGAGGACUAUUAUCCAUAUCCCAUCAUUAGGAUAUUCCCAGCCUGUGCGACAAAAUAUUGCCGACUUCAACACACAUCAGAACAUGCAGCUGGGGAGGCUGUGUGACGUCUUAGAUGCCAAUGUGAGCGUCAUCUACAUUUGCUCCCAUCAAAUGAAUGACGAGUUACUGCUGUAUUACAAUAAAAUCCUGAGUCUACAGGCAGCUGUCAAAUCGGGGAAUCUUGAGGACAGAAGUGACCUGCAGGACAGGUUCAAAAUUAUCACCCCUGAAGCUAUAACCAUCUUCACUAUAAUAGAACAGGUGAGUCAGCUGGUCAUUGAUCACCUGGAAAUCCAACGCUGGCUCUUUAAAAUGAACUAUGAGUUUGGAGGAAAUGGGACUGCAUUUUGUGACAUUCCUUCCCACCUAAAGUGCUACAAGUGGGUCCUAAAGGAGAGUCACAGAUAUGGCCAUGAAGACUGGAGCAAGAAAUGGGCACAAGAGCCAGCUUUGGUGAAGAUCUCCGAGGAGCUGGCGGGCAUUUUAGCACAGCACGCACAGCCAGUCAAUGAGAAACGGUUCCCCACGUGGAGGAAAUUCCUCCAAACAUUUCUCAGUCAAGGAGGCGUGAUCGAAGCGUACCCACCUUCAGAGAGUGUCACCAACCUGACAGUGGACAUGCUGAUAGAACCCAAUGGAGAAAUCAGGAUGCUGUCAACAGGGGACCAGUUUCAUGCCGAAGGCCCCUUCGUCUCCUCCGGGACCACCAUGCCUCAGACCUCAGUGGAUCCCCAAGUUCUCAGUUCUUUGUGCCUUCAAAUCGGAAAUGCUUGUAAAAUGAAUAAUGUGAUUGGCUACUUUUCCAUAGACCUGGUGACUUUUAUUGAUCCAAGCACCUUGGAGCAGCAGGUGUGGGCAACAGGCCUCAACCUCUCAUACAGUGACCAGCUGGCCCUGACGCAGCUCACCUUAUACUUGACCAAUGGCCACCUGGACUGCAGUUUGAGCACCCUUAAAGUGCCCCGCUUUGUUCCCAAGAAAGACAAGAAAAUGAGCCACCUAAACCCAGAGGAAAUGCCGUCACUGGCAACCAGUCGCUAUGCGGUGAUAAGCACCCAGCUGAGGCACGAAAAUCUCUCUCUGAUUUUCCAGUAUGUUUUUCUCCAGAUGUGUAAGGCCCAUGGCAUCGGCUAUGAUAUUGAGAACAAUCGGUGA